AUGGCCGCCCGCCUUCCUUCUGCCAGCCUCCGCCGCCUUCUCCUCCUUCUCUCCCUCCUGGGGCUGUCCCGGACUGGACUUUCUCGGGCCCCUGCGGCAGCCCUCCGAUCUAAGGAUAGCAGUGAGGCAUCCGAAGGGACCAUUGCCUGGGAUGAAGACGUCCUGAAAUGGUGGGGAGAAUGGAGUUCCUGGUCAACUUGCUCACGUACCUGUGGAGGAGGGGUAAUGUCUCGGGAGAGACACUGUCUUCAGCAGAGGCUUCUCACCUCUCAGGGGACAAACAACAUCAUGUGCGCAGGCCAGUCCAAGGACUACCACCUUUGCCACCGACAGCCUUGCCCAGCGAACUCGGACAGCUUUAAGCAACAGCAGUGCGCCAUUUUCAAUGGCAAAGCCUUUGGAAAACACCACUACAGCUGGAUCCCUCUCUACCCAGAUGAUUACAUCAGUAUCUCUAACAGACCAUGUGACCUCCAGUGUACCACCAAGAGUGGGGAGAGGCAGCUGAUGGUACAAGCACGGGAUGGGACCUCUUGCAAGGACCGGAUGUAUCAAGGAGUCUGCAUCAAUGGCCAGUGUGAGCCAGUUGGGUGUGACGGCGAUCUCCACUCCUUCCAGACGAUGGACAGGUGCCGCGUUUGUGGUGGGGAUGGCAGCACAUGUUACCGAGUUUCAGGGAGCUUCCGAAAGGGGAUCUCACAGUUAGGUUACGUAUUUGUCACCAAUAUCCCUGUUGGUGCCACCGAUAUCCUUAUCAUCGAGCGCAGGAAGACGGAAAACAUCCUUGCACUGGCAGAUGAAGCUGGGCACUUCUUCUUCAAUGGAAAUGCUGCUGUGGACCCUCCUCAGAACUUCCGAGUGGCUGGAACUGUGUUUAAGUACCGGCGCCCAUCUAGCCUGCACUCGGAAGGCCUGGAGUACAUUAUAGCUCAGGGACCCACCAACCAGUCCUUGAAUGCCAUGUAUUAUAAUUUCAAUGGGAAGGUACCCCACAUAUCUUAUGACUUUACAGUGCCGAGGGUUCAGGUGCUAGCCGCUCCAGCUCCAGAGCCUCCCCUCUCUCUCCACCGCCCAGAUUCACAUGGCCACUACAGCCAGGAUUUUGAUUCACCUAAGCCUGGGCCAACUGCUGACUUCAAUACCACUUGGAUCUCUGCCAUCUCCCCAGAGGAGGUGAUUGGCCAUAGCUCACUAGGAGAAGACACCAGGAAGAUCAGCUUGGGCCACAGAGACUUUGUCCAGAGGAAUGCUGUGGCUGCUCAGGCUGGAGGUUGGGGCCGGUCUAUGGUGGAGGAGGAAGAGAAGCUUCGUUUCCAAGUGGAACACAUAAAUCCUACCAUCAGGGGAGGGGCAGAAAUGGCAACUGUUGGUGGAGAAGCCAACUUGGCUUUCCCAUGGAGCCGGGUUUCUACCAGCACUGCCAUUCCAUACCCCAUGAUGGGUCCAGGGCUCCUGGAGAGGAGGCAGGCUGGGAUGACCCAGUUGCACAUCUUUCGGAAACUGUGUCAUCGGGACUCCCGGCAGUCUGCCUUCUGUCGAAAACUGCGGCAGCUUACCGCUCCAGUGCGUUGGAGAAACCCAACCCCAGAGCCACUGAUCCAGUCAACCCAAGGCUGGCAGGAACCACUACCCAAAACACCCACCUCUGAGGAUUUGCUAAAAGCUGAGGCUGUAGGCAAACAAGAAAAGGAGGAGGUGGUUUUUGUGAGCCCCACCAUGGUAGCUGCUGAACAGAACCCUACAUCUGAUUCAAGCUUCCAGGUGGGCUUAGGCCUUGAGCUUCAGGCUGAGCCCCUCCAGUCCCCUGGCAUGGAGAGCAAUGAUUUUAACGUGAGUCCUCCCGGCCAUGAUGACGUCAGCCGGGCUGAUAUGUACCGCUGGAAGGUCUCUGCCCAGGCCCCCUGCAGCUCCACCUGUACCUCGGCAGGUAUCAGUGUCUCCCAUGCCAUGUGUGUGCGUUAUGAUGGAGUGGAAGUGGAAGAGGCCUACUGCGAUGCUGUAACCCGCCCAGAGCCUGCCUAUGAGCUCUGCACAGGGAGGGAUUGCCAACCCAGGUGGGAGACGAGUCGUUGGAGCGAGUGUUCAAGGACUUGUGGGGAGGGGCACCAGGCCCGCACAGUCCGCUGCUGGAGGAUGCUGGCCCCUGGCUUUGACAGCUCGGUCUAUGAUGAAUUAUGUGUGGCGGCUGGGUUGGCACGGCCCGUGGAAAAGAAGGUCUGCAGGAACAAGGCCUGUGGCCCUCAGUGGGAGCUCUCUGAAUGGUCUGAGUGCUCAGCUCGAUGUGGUGGGCAAGGGACCAUGAGGAGAGAGGUGCGCUGCUCCGUGGGGUUGUCAUUGUGCAAUGAGGCCACAAGACCAGCUGGCGAGAAGGAGUGCCUGGGCCCUCCCUGUGAUCGGCAGUGGACCACUUCUGACUGGGGACCGUGCUCAGGUGCCUGUGGUGAGGGACGGAUGAGCCGAAUCAUCUCAUGUCGAAAUUUGGAGGGGAAGGUGAUUUCAGGUUCCCAGUGUGACCCGGCCACGAAACCACUAGCUGUUUACCCCUGUGGGGGCUGGAACUGCCCUGCCCACUGGGUGGAACAAGGGUGGGAACAGUGCAAUGCCAGCUGUGGCCGAGGGGUGAAGAUCCGUAGGGUGCUGUGUGCAGGAUUGGAGAAUGGAGUGUACCGUGAGUACCCUGAAGGGCACUGUGAUGUUUCCCAGAAACCCGAGGUGCAGGCGCCUUGUUUCAAGAGACCCUGUUCCAUCUGGUUCACCACAGCUUGGUCUCAGUGCAGUAAGACUUGUGGUGUGGGGCUGAGGCUGCGAGAGGUCAAAUGUUACCAAGGAGAGGAGUUGGGCCAGGGAUGUGACCCGAAUUCCAAGCCGGAGGCCAAGCAGACAUGCCAGGUCCAGCUGUGUCCUACGGAGGCGCCAGAUGAAGACUGUGAGGACAAAGCCACAGCCAACUGUGCCCUGGUGCUGAAGGUGAAGCUGUGCACACACUGGUACUACCGAAAAGCCUGUUGUGGUGCCUGCCGCGGUAAAGCUCUCUGA